ACGAGAGUGAUCGACUGACGUGAUCAACAAGUUCACAUGAAUGCUGGGUUACUGAUUAGGGGUCAUGUUUUAAUGUGUGGUGCAAAGUCCUGCUUAGAAAGCCAACCUCUCUCUCUCUCACUCCUUCCAUUCUGGAGAACCUGAGCUGGAGAACAGAGCACCAUGAGUGUGGAGAAAAAAGAACCACGACAGCCAUGCUGCUCCAAACUAAAGUUUUUUCUUGUCUCCAUGUCUUUUGUCUACUUCGCCAAAGCGUUCCAGGGCAGUUACAUGAAGAGUUCAGUGACGCAGAUUGAGAGGCGCUUCGACAUUCCCAGCUCCCUCAUCGGGGUCAUUGACGGGAGUUUUGAAAUUGGUAAUCUGCUGGUGAUUGCUUUUGUGAGUUAUUUUGGGGCAAAGCUGCACAGACCCAGACUGAUAGGAGCAGGCUGUUUGAUUAUGGCUGUCGGCUCGUUCCUCACAGCUCUUCCCCAUUUCUUUCAGGGACCGUACAAAUAUGAGACGACAAUUUCCCAUUUCUCUGAGGCCAAUGCUACUGAGACCAUCCUGCCAUGUCUGAACAAUGAGAGCCAUCCACAGGGUGAUGACCUGCCCUCAGAAGAGACUCAAGCAGAGUGUGAGAAAGUGGCAGGAUCGUCUCUUUGGGUCUAUGUGUUUCUGGGGAACAUGCUGAGAGGUAUUGGAGAGACUCCGGUCAUGCCUUUGGGACUGUCCUACUUGGAUGACUUUGCCAAAGAGGAAAACACAGCUUUUUAUCUGGCGUGUAUACAGACAGUAGGAAUUCUGGGACCGAUGUUUGGUUACAUGCUGGGCUCCUUCUGUGCCAAGCUCUACGUGGACAUCGGAGCUGUGGACUUAGACACCAUCAGCAUUAACCACAAAGACUCACGCUGGGUGGGGGCCUGGUGGCUCGGCUUCUUGCUGACUGGAGUCGUGAUGUUACUGGCAGGGAUCCCAUUUUGGUUCCUGCCCAAGUCACUGCCCAAGCAAGAAAAGAGCCCAGCCAAGAAGAGUGCUGAUGCCCAGGAGGGUGAACAGGACACUUUCAUCAGGACGGACAGCAGCAACAGCCCACCAUCUGACAAACAAGAGCCCGUCACUAUGGCUGCCUUGGCAAAAGAUUUCCUGCCGUCUCUGAGGAGACUCUUCAGUAACACGAUCUACCUGCUUAUCAUCUGCACGGCUUUGGUACAAGUCAAUGGCUUCAUCGGAAUGAUAACGUUCAAGCCCAAGUUCAUGGAACAGACCUAUGGCCAGUCUCCAUCAAGGGCCAUCUUUUUGAUAGGCAUCUUGAACCUGCCUGCUGUGGCAUUGGGGAUCAUCACAGGAGGCUUUGUGAUGAAAAGGUUUAAACUGAAUGUUCUCGGAGCAGCCAAAAUCUGCAUCACAGCCUCCUUCCUCUCUUUCUGUCUCCUGCUCGGUCAGUACUUUGUACACUGUGGAAACACACAUGUGGCUGGACUCACUGUGUCCUAUCAGGGUGAACCGGAGGUGUCCUACCAGGAGCAGAGUCUGUUGUCUCAGUGUAACUCAGGCUGCUCCUGCUCUCUGAAGCAUUGGGACCCCGUGUGCUCCUACAACGGCCUUACCUAUGCCUCCCCCUGCCUGGCCGGCUGCCAGAGCUCCACUGGAGUCGGCAAGGAGAUGGUCUUUCACAACUGCACCUGUGUUGGAGAUGCUUACCUGCCAGCUGCAAACAGGUCAACAGUGCUGGGUCAGUGCCCACGGCAGGAGAACUGUGACCGCAUAUUUAAGAUUUACAUGGGGGUGUCAGUGCUGGGGGCUUUUAUCUCAGCUUGUGGAGCCACUCCAGGAUACAUUAUAUUGCUCAGGUCUAUACAGCCUGACUUGAAGUCUUUGGCGCUUGGGAUGCAGACGUUGAUCGUCAGGACCCUGGGUGGAAUUCCUCCUCCUAUUUAUUUCGGAGCUUUGAUUGACAGGACUUGCUUGAAGUGGGGUGUGAAGCGAUGUGGGGGGCGAGGAGCUUGUCGACUUUAUGACUCUAAUGCUUUCAGAUCAACGUUCCUGGGCCUGGUCUACGGCCUGUACUCCCUCUCUUACGUGCUGUGGGCCGUGCUCUACAACAGACUGGCCCAUCGCCACAAGCAGGAGGCCAUGCAGAAUCAAGCCAAGGACACAGAGCAGGGAGCCAACGGCGUCAACGGCGGCAACGAAAACGGCCCAGCGGCAAUAGUCAAAUACAAGGAGGACCUGGACAAAGAGACCACUAUCUGAAUUCACCGCCUGGAUUCACAUGUGCCCAAAACAAACCUGUUAUUUAGGCUACAGUCAUACUGUAUACAUUAUGUAAAGCUUACAUGAACAUGUACAGUUUGUGAUUUGUGGUAUUCUGCUGGAAUUUGCGUAUGGCCCUGGAGCUGCAUGUUACAAACGGUCAAAUGCACCUUUACCACUUACCAUCCAGACUUUCUUAGAUUUACCACAGUUAGACUGGUGCAUUGCCCAUUAGGAAAAAGCCACAAAAGCAAAACCAAAUGCAGCUGAUACACUGGGAUUAUGUACUGAAAGGCCUAAUGCAUUGAAUUUACUUGAUAUAACAUCAGGGGUUCCCAAACCUUUUGCAGUUCACAGCCCACACGACUGAACACAAGAGCUUUCACAGCCCGCAAGAAGAUUUAACCAGCCCAAUGCAAGAGAAUAGAGCACAAUCAAUGUAGCCUGUAGACAGUAUAACAUAAUAAACACCAAAUUUUGUUUGUAGCCGUUUAGCCAUGCUAGAUCAAUUCCAUAUGAUCAAAAAGAGAAAAAUAAACAUAUCUAGAUGGCAUUUUGCCAAACCAGUGUCUGAGUUCUGAAUAUUUAGUUAUUUUUGAUAUUUUACUUUUACAAAUAAUUCUUACAACAAUAAUGUGUUAUAUUUAAAAUGAUUGAUUUAGUUAGAUGUCUAUGUAUUAUAAUUAAUUUUUGGGUUCCAAAAAAAUGCCAAAAGACCUCUAGCAGUAUCACCACGAACCACAGGUUGUAAAGCAUGGAUCUGUAUAAAAGAAUAUGACACAAAAUGUUCUGAAUAGAUAGCAAAAAAUAGUAUUACUGAUGUACACAUUUAAAUCAAGUAAACUCAAUGCGUAAUGUUUUUCACUGUACAUUAAGGGCUAUGUUUGCAUUUACACCAAAGAAAUUGUGCAACGUUGAAUGCCAUUUGCCCCAAACCAGAGCACAAAAGCAUUGGUGCACAAUAACAAACAUAUUGCUGUUGUUGGAAGAAAACCUCGUAUCUCCAAAAUGGUAACUUUAGAGGAAAAGGAAAAAACUUACUUUUAAUGUAAGUCGAUGGAACCAGAUGUUUUUCCAAGUCAUUUUGGGCUGUUUCUUUUGGUCCAUUCAUCAUGAAAUUAACACACAAUAUAAAGGGCAACAGGCAUUUUUAAAUUAUGUCAAAAACUGAAAAAUGACAAAAAUGGAGAUAUGAGGUUUUCUUCCAACAGCAGCGAUAUAUAUUGUUACAUAUAGGUUCCCUGCUGUAGUCUAAGGUCAUUCGCAGUAUAUUUAUCCUCAGUGUUUUGAUUAGAAGAGUUUUAAUGCUCAGGUCAUGAUGUCCAUAAAGGUGAGAUAUUUAGUCAUAGCUCGGAUGGUCUUUUCAUUUUGUAUUGCACUGUUUUAUAUGUGUCACAUGAAUGAUCAGAUGCAAUGAGCGUUGAUCACAAUAUGUACCUGUAUAUAAUCAUAAGAUUGUAAUGUGGAUGGCAAAUCCGCAAUGACUAGAUUUUUUAUAGACAUUCUUUUUGACCUUGUGUUUCAUGUUCACAUGUACCUGAUCACGAAACUGCUAUUAAACCACACAGAGAAAUAUUA